AUGGUGGAAACAAAGGAAAAUGUGGAAGCUGAAGGUGGAAGCGACGGCGACACGCAGAGAAUAGACUUGGACUAUGUAUUAGUGAACGAGCUGGGCCAGUUUGGACGCUUCCAAUUAAUGAACAUCCUGCUGGUGGCUGUUCCUACGAUCAUGUCCGCCUUCAUGAGCGAAUACAUUUUCUCCGCCGCCGCUAUUCCACACAGGUGCCAAAUCCCCGAGUGUGGCGAAGAGAGUCGACGCGAGCCGUUUGAGCCGGAGUGGCUGCUGAACGCUGUGCCGCUGGCCUCCGGCUCCGGCGCAACCAAUGCCUUCGCCAGCUGUGAGCGGUACGCACCUCUCACCAGUAACCGCACCCUCGACUUCUGCCCUGCCAACAUGUUUGACCAGUCUGCCACCAUACAGUGUGCCGAUUUUGUGUACGAAAGAUACAACUCUGUUGUUUAUGACUUUAAUCUCGGCUGUCAAGAAUGGUAUCGUGCUCUGGCCGGGACUCUACAAAGCCUUGGCACUUUGCUCGUGCUGCCU